AUGGAGGGUAACCCCUGCAGCGUUGUGUCGCACACCGCGACGAAGCAUAGAAAUCGAGGGAGCGUGCGGCCGGUCUGUUCCUUCGUUUCCUAUUUGUCCUUGUUUGUCCUGGCCGCAUCGCUCACCUUGUGCUCCGAAUGGGGCAAUUCUGUGUACACUGUUUCGCCUGCUUGCGCCUUGGUGCACUUUGCGGCCGCAGCAUCGCAGGGCGAAAACCCUGAAGGCGCGGCAUCCUCUUCGACUGCAGGGAAGGCCGCAGAGAGUUCCUUGGACCGUUCUUCCACGUCUUCUGGAGAGAAUGGCGCUGGCGACGGCUCUUCCAAGUCUCCGUCGCCGGACCCGCCGGAUGGAGGCAACGAGGCAGGCCGAUCCGCAUCUGCCUCCCGAGCUGCGGCGCCGGCUUCAGCCUUCUCGCGCGUCUCCACGGAGAAAUUCCUGGCCGACCGCUGGUUAGGCAGCGAGAACCCUUUGCACCGUCGCAUGUGCGAGUCGAUGAACGCCGACCCUAAACUCGCGAAACAGUUCAUCCUCCUCGCGCUCUUGCUGGUUCAGUUCUCGGAAGACGAGGCGACCCCCGAAGGUCGAAGGUGGGACAUGAAAGAAAGUGUCAAGUUCGGCCAGGCGACCGAGCUUCUCCACCGCCUCCUGGUUGACGCCCACGCAGAACCCUCGCGGCGCUCCGGCUUCUUCUGGCAAAACGCAGAGCCUUGUGAAAUCAACACGAUCGCUGGAAAGCAAGUAACACUGGUAGCGGUGCGUCUCUUCGAAGCCAUCCAAGCUUCUCGCGGGUCUCCUCCGGCGACCAGCGGGGACGAGUCGCCGGGCGACGUGUCCGCGGAGCGCCCCCAGGCUUCGGAGUCUGAGGCUGCCAAGGCGGGAGACGCAAACGGUCCGCCCGCAUCCGUAGCUCAGUACUGGGCAAGGUGGUACAAGGAGGCUAAGCAGUCGACUUCUGAGGACGACAAGAAGACCGCGAAGACCGCGAGCGGCGGGAACGGAACCCAGAGAUCCGCCCGGACAGCGCCCGGUGGAAAAUCUGCUCAGUCCGCGACGCGUGACGCGACACCCAGCGGCGACCAGAAAGAAGCCGGUGUCCAGCGAGACAGCGAGGGGAGCCGAGCUGCAGAUGCGAGUGCCGAGGACUUCCCCAUGGGAGACGGCACGUUCGCGUAUCACGCCUUCAUUGUGCGGUUGAUGGAGGAAGAGCAGGUGGAGUCCAAGAUGUGGUCAACGCAGGACAUUUUGAAGUUCUCACGGAGAACGCGCAUCUCCCUGCGGCCAGGGGAAACGCUCCCCGAGCUCAUCAAUCACGCCACGUCGAUCUGGUCUUCCUACCUCAUUGUCCGCCGACUCCAGACUGGCGACGCCAUGGAGACGAUGCUCGCGGACUGGGUCGUGGGGCCGGUUGUGGCGUCGACGACGGGUGCGUUUCAGGACGCCGUCUCGCUGGUGUCGGACGCGGUGCGCGAACCGAUCAUGGACGAGCCUGUGUGUGGCCACAUUUUCCUGCUGCUCGACGGGUUCCGGUCUUCGCCCUUGGCGUCAGUCUUCAUCGAGGGGUCGACCACGGCGACGCAGCUGGAGCAGUUUCGCCAGUACCUCUUGAGUGUCCUCGUUAGCGAGUUGGAGAAGGCAGUGCAGCAGCUGGCGGAGGAUCUGCGGCUGUUGCGGAAAGAUCCGUUCCGCAGGCCGCGCAAGGCCCCGCGAACCCGGCGCGUCGCCGCCAGCACGUCCACGGACGACGGCGCGGAGGGCGCGGAGGGCGCGGACGCGCUGGCGGCCGAGGCCGUGCCGCGCGUGACGCGGAAGCAGUUGCCCAUCACGCGUCUCGCGGGGUACGUCGUGAAGCUCGGCUCGGGGAUUUUCCAGUCUGGCGUGCUUGGCGAGGGCAACUCGUACGAGGCGAACCAGCGGCUGUUGCAGGCGAUGACGAGCGACAGCAUGCUCGUCGAGAUCCAGUUUUUCAACGAGGGGAACCGGUCGCUGCACAACGCCGCCAACCCGCUGGUCUCGCUGCCCGAGCAGCCGAUCUUGGAGCGCGGCGCGCACUUGGGCGAGGCGCGGAAUCUGCGGAACGGCGUCGAAGACGAGCGCGACGAAGCCGCAAACAUCUUGCGCAACCCCGACAGCCUGUUGUCGGCGCCGGACUGGACCGGCGGAGACCCGGACGCAGUUGUCCCCGUCGUGACGGCCAUGAAGGCCUUGAAGCGCCACAUCAACGGCGCCAAGGGGGCCCUCCCGAUCUGGUUCUUCCGCCGAUCCUUUGUGAUCUACAGCACCAUCGAGGGCGGCGACGUGACCGACACGCUGGGCAGCCACCUCGGCCUGCCGUUCACGACGGACUACGACAUCCACUUCUUCGUCUACGUGCCGAUCUCGAGCUAUUCCUCGAACGUGGGCGAGAAACUGCGCAAGUCUUUCCUCCUCAUGGCCCAGGCGCCGGCCGCCGGCGCCAACUGGGGCCUCAGCGGAGUCGACCCCGUCGUCGACGACUGCCGCAUCAAGGAACUGGGAACCGCCAAGCUGACGGACGACGGCCAGGCGCUCAAGCUCAAGACGUUCGGCAUCGGACUCGACGACAAUCAACGGACCAACGUGCAGAAGUUCAUUCAGAGGGACAUGGUUCUCAUUCACUACAAGAUCAAGGGGCUGGCCAGCAUGCGCUCCUCGCUGACGCCUGGCGAGGAGUGGCGGAUCAUGCGAGCCGAGAAAAUGUUUGCUCGCAUUCUGAAGCAGUGCAGAAACCUCCUCGAGGUUCCCUACGCAGUCGUCGUGAAGAAGCAGAACCAUGUGGAAACGCGUCAAGCGAAGAAGAGCGCCGAAGUCGAAGGUGGAUUGCCGCCGUGGGUCUUGGCUAUCGCCGUGGUCUGUACGGCGGUGCCGUUGAUCGUCUUCAUGUGCUGUCUGCAGUUCCACAAGCGUCUGCCACUGCCUUGGUGGCUGACGUGCAUCUGUUCCUCCAGUCCCCCCUGGGAGGCGUCGCGCGACGCAGAAGAACAAGACAUGCAGAGCGUGGUCCACAGCCAGUGUUUGACGCAGGCCGACCUGUGCAUGCUCUACGACGUCCCGUCGGUCUCGGAGGCCGGAUCGCUCGCCGGGAGCUCCGCGAGCCGGCCCAAAGGCUCCAGCGCAGUCGGCUCUCCGCAGCGGCGGUCGCCCCGAAACGGCCACGGGUCCAGGAUGACGAGUCGCAGCGGCGCCCUGUCGCCGGUCAGCGGAGGCGGCAAGUCUGCGUGGAUGAGCGGCGCGUCGCUCGCGGCAGGCCCCGUGCCGAGCGGAACGACUCUCCGGAACGGGCCUCGAGGCGGGUGGCUCGACUCGACUGGACGCUGGGUUACGUCACAGGUGUGCGCUGAGCCGGGGGCUGCGUCCCGGCUCAGCACAGGCGGCGGUCGCGACGGCCAGGUGGGACUCGGAGGGCCUUUCGGGAGCGCCGAAGCGGGCUACCAGGCACAGCGCGACGGCGCCUCGCAGACCGGGCGCAUGCGCGAGAGUGUGAGGAGUGAGAAGAGUCCGAACGCGACGGCAUGCGUCGCCGAAGAGGGGAGCUCGAGCCUUUCGGCCGUGCCGACCGGCCUCGGACGGCCGUGCCUCACUGAACGCGCAGCGCCCGGCAAGCCCCGGUCUCCUCGGUCGCCUUCUGGGGGCGCGGGUAGCGAAGAGUGA